AUGGCUUCAAUGCUUGAGUUCCGCACUCAAGGCUUCAAUCCUUAUGCUGUCAAGUACUCGCCCUACUACGACUCGCGGAUCGCCGUCGCAAGCUCCGCCAACUUCGGCAUCGUGGGCAAUGGCCGCCUCUUUGCGCUGGGCUUGUCGGCGCAGGGCAUCCAGGUCGAGAAAACCUUCGACACCAACGACGCUCUGUACGACCUGGCGUGGUCAGAGAUCAACGAGAACCAGCUGGUCGUAGCCUGCGGCGAUGGCUCGAUAAAGCUGUUCGACCUCGGCGUCAACGACUUCCCCGUCAUGAACUUCCAUGAACACAAACGGGAGACGUUCGCCGUGUGUUGGAACCCCGUCACCAAGGACUCUUUCGUCUCGAGUUCGUGGGACGGGACCGUCAAAAUCUGGUCGCCAACACGCAACCAGUCCAUCACGACGCUCCCCAUAGGCAACUGCACAUACAGCACCUCAUUCUGCCCCUCCAACCCCGCCCUCAUCUCCGCCGCCUCGACCGACUCCCACCUGCGCAUCUACGACCUCCGCACGCCCCCCUCGGCCAAGUACCACCUCGUGUCCUCUAUCCCCGUCCACGCGCCGCCGCAGACGACCCUCCCCGGCAGCCCAGGUCAGCCCUCCGCCCCCGCCGAGAUCCUCACCCAGGACUGGAACAAAUACCGCGACGCCGUGAUAGCCACCGGCGGCGUCGACAGGGUCAUACGCACCUUCGACAUCCGCAACCCCGCGGGGGGUCCACUGUCGGUGAUGCCGGGCCACGACUACGCCGUGCGGAAGCUGGCGUGGAGCCCGCAUGCGAGCGACGUGCUCAUCAGCGCCAGCUACGACAUGACGGUGCGCCUGUGGAGCGACGGGUCGAUGCAGCAGUCCGCGAUGAACCCGGGCGGCGGGCCGUCGGUCGGGAGGCAGCUCGGGGUCAUGAACAGGCAUACCGAGUUCGCCACAGGCGUGGACUGGUGCUUGUUUGGGAUGGGUGGCUGGGUCGCCUCGGUCGGCUGGGACGAGAGGGUGCUGUUAUGGGAUUCGAACAUGCUCAUGGCUGGGAGAUAA